AGCGCCCUGGCUCGCGGAGCUGCUCGUAGUGGUGGCGGCGCGCGCGCGCAAGACACACAGCGAGAGAGAGAGAGAGAGAGAGAGAGAGAGGAAUACAGAGGUAGGAAAAAAGGGAAUAACUAGUUGGAAAGAGGAUCUUUUUCGUCUUUAACGGAUUUGUAACUCAUAACGGUCCGUCUGGGAGACAAGAAUCAGGGCUGAAGUUCUCCUCAAACCGGUUAAACUGGAUCUCUGAGACGGUCACUGUGUUGUAUAAUCCUGGGUGAAGCACCAGUUAAUGGACUAAGCUAAUGAGAACCCUGUCCAUUCCCUGUGGAGUGUAGAGCCGAGUCACCGCAUUAAUCACUCAGACAUUUCAAACAUGAGAAAUUUGUUCCUGUUGUGUAGUUAAGCGACGCUCCCAGGCCCGAGCUCCUCGACUCGUGAGGAUCACCUGAACCAGCCUCUGUGAUAUUUACACAGGUUUCUCGUCCCUUUACUCAAAGCCGAGCCGUGAUGUAUGGUAGCGCCCGCUCAGUGGGUAAACCGGAGGGCAAUCAGAGCCCCGGACGCUCUCCGCGCCUGCCUCGCUCUCCUCGCCUGGGCCACCGGCGCAAUAACAGCACAGGGGGUACGGGGGGCAAAACGCUCUCCAUGGAGAACAUCCAGUCUCUGAACGCCGCCUACGCCACCUCCGGCCCCACGUACCUGAGCGACAAUGACGCGACCGCCCCCGCCUCUGUCUCAGACAUGCCAAAGAGCACUAUGACCCUGGGCCGCUCGGGUGCUCGGCUUCCCUACGGCACGCGCGCCACAGUGGCGGGUAGCAGUCCCAACAUCGCCAGCGACUCCAUUGCCUUCGGGGAUCACCACGUGCCUGCAGCCAUGGCGUCCACCGUGCCGCACUCGCUGCGCCAGGCCCGCGACAACACCAUCAUGGACCUGCAGGCGCAGCUGAAAGAAGUUCUGCGUGAGAACGAGCUCCUGCGCAAGGAGGUGGACGUCAAGGAGAGCAAGCUCAGCUCAUCCAUGAACUCCAUCAAGACGUUCUGGAGCCCCGAGCUGAAGAAGGAACGCGCCCUGCGCAAGGACGAGGUCUCCAAGAUGGCUGUGUGGAAGGAGCAAUACCGCGUGAUGCAGGAGGAAACACAGCACCUCCAGAUGACCAUCCAGGCUCUCCAGGAUGAGCUGCGCAUCCAGCGUGACCUUAACCAGCUGUUCCAGCAGGACUGCAGCGGGGCGCGGCCGGGGGAACCGUUCUCCGCCGAGCUCACCGAGGAGAACUUCCACCGGCUGCACAGCGAGCACGAAAGGCAAGCCAAAGAGCUGUUUCUCCUGAGAAAGACUCUGGAGGAGAUGGAGCUGCGCAUCGACACGCAGAAACAGACGCUCAACGCUCGGGACGAGUCCAUCAAGAAGCUGCUGGAGAUGCUGCAAAGCAAAGGCCUGUCGGCCAAAGCCAGCGAGGAGGAGCACGAGCGUACGCGGCGUCUCGCCGAGGCCGAGAUGCACAUCCACCAUCUGGAGAGCCUGCUGGAGCAGAGGGACAAGGAUAUGAGCGCACUCAGGGAGGAUCUCCACCGACGCUACGAGGGAGCGCCUGAUUCUGCCAAGACCAAAGCCCUACAGACCGUCAUCGAGAUGAAGGACUCUAAGAUCAGUUCUCUAGAGCGCAGUCUGAGGGAUCUGGAGGAGGAGGUGCAGAUGCUGAAGUCCAACGGAGCUCUAAGCACAGAGGAGAGAGAGGAGGAGAUGAAGCAGAUGGAGGUCUAUCGCAGUCACUCCAAGUUCAUGAAGAACAAGGUAGAGCAGCUGAAGGAGGAGCUGUCUCAGAGCGAGGCCCAGGCCGAGGAGCUGAGAAAGCGAACGGCUGAGCUGCAGCGGGAGCUCUCUGCAAUUGACCAGGUGAAGCAGGACCUUUCUAGGAAGGACACAGAACUUCUGGGCCUGCAGACCAAACUCGAGACGCUCACCAAUCAGUUCUCAGACAGCAAGCAGCACAUCGACGUCCUGAAAGAGUCUCUAACUGCCAAAGAACAGCGAGCUGCCAUUCUACAGACAGAGGUGGAUGCCCUACGCCUGCGUCUGGAGGAAAAGGAAGCCAUGCUGAAUAAGAAGACGAAGCAGAUCCAGGAAAUGUCAGAGGAGAAAGGCACACUCAAUGGAGAAAUCCAUGACCUUAAAGACAUGCUCGACGUCAAAGAGCGCAAAGUCACUGUGCUCCAAAAAAAGAUCGAGAACCUGCAGGAGCAGCUGAAAGAUAAGGAGAAGCAGAUGAGUAGUCUGAAAGAGAGGGUCAAAUCCCUGCAGGCUGACACCUCUAACACCGAUACAGCUCUCACUACGCUCGAGGAGGCGCUGGCUGAGAAGGAGCGAAUUAUCGAGCGGCUGAAGGAGCAGAGAGAUCGAGAUGAGAGGGAGAAGGGAGAAGAGCUGGAAACCAGCAAGAAAGAACUAAAGGAGCUGAAAGAGAAAAUUAGCCUGCUGCAGGGAGACCUGUCUGACCGUGAGACAUCUUUGUUGGAUCUGAAGGAGCACGCCUCAUCACUGGCCUCCUCGGGUUUGAAGAAGGACUCCAAGCUCAAGAGCCUGGAGAUUGCACUUGAGCAGAAGAAAGAGGAGUGUAUCAAACUGGAGAGUCAGCUCAAGAAGCACACUGAGCACAUAUCAGGCCAUUCCUCCAAUCUUGCUCAGACGGCAGCUGCAGAGGCUCAGGCGAACACAGAGCUGUCAGAGCGCAUCAGCACCCUCGAGCAGGAGGUGAACCGCCACAGAGAGGAUGCUGGGAGAGCCCAGGCUGAAGUGGACCGUCUGCUGGAGAUCCUCAGAGAGAUGGAGAACGAGAAGAACGACAAAGACCGCAAGAUCAGUGAACUGGAGAGUUUGACUUCAAGGCAGAUGAAAGACCAGAGCAAGAAGGUGGCCACUCUGAAACACAAGGAGCAAGUGGAGAAGAACCGGAAUGCACAGCUGAUGGAGGAGGCUCGCAAGCGGGAGGAUAAUAUCAAUGAAAGCUCUCAGCAGAUCAAGGACUCUCUGAGGCAGAAAGAUGAACGAAUCGAGGAACUGGAAGAGGCGCUACGUGAGAGUGUUCAGAUCACUGCAGAGAGAGAGAUGGUGCUGGCGCAGGAAGAGGCUGCACGCACACAUGCAGAGAAACAGAUGGAGGAGCUGCUAGGAGCGAUGGAGAAGGUGAAGCAGGAGCUGGAGUCUAUGAAGGCCAAGCUUUCGUCCACGCAGCAGUCCCUGGUGGAGAAGGAGGCCCACCUGACCACACUGAGAGCCGAGCGCAGGAAGCACCUGGAGGAGGUUCUGGAGAUGAAACAGGAGGCGCUACUGGCAGCCAUCAGCGAGAAAGACGCCAACAUCGCACUCCUGGAGCUGUCCUCCUCUAAAAAGAAGAAGACUCAGGAAGAAGUGGCUCUGCUGAAGAGGGAGAAAGACAGAUUGGUGCAGCAGCUCAAACAGCAGACGCAGAACCGGAUGAAACUGAUGGCUGAUAAUUAUGAGGAUGACCAUCUGAAGGCUUCUUCAAAUUCAGACCAGAGUAAUCACAAACCCUCUCCAGAUCAGAUUAUUCCCCCUCUCAUAGACCUCAAUCAGAACCGCAGUAAGCUGAAAUUGUACAUUGGCCAUCUCACAGCCCUUUGUCAUGAGAGAGACCCCCACAUCCUGCAGGACCUGGCUCCACCCUCAGCUUACCACCGCAGCCAGAGGGACGCCUGGGAGGAAGAGCUACAAAAGAUGAGCCUGGAGGAGCUGGAAUCGGAGCUGGAGCAGUGUGAGCGAGAGAGCGCUGAGCUGCAGGAGUAUGCCAACUCGGUCCUGCAGCAGAUCGCAGACCACUGCCCCGACAUCCUGGAGCAGGUCGUCAACGCACUGGAGGAGUCGUGCUGAACGUGCCACGCUCUCCUCCACUUUUUUUCUCGUUUUUAUUUUAGUUUUUUUGUUGGGAAAUCCAGACCUGCUUCCCGCCUCCCGUCUCACCGCUAUGAGCUCAAGGACACCAGCGUGCAUCUGCCCCCACACUUCCAGACACCAGACCGGAAGGACAGGAAGGAGCUGGAGUGUAAAUUGGGAUGAGCAUCAGCACAUCAGCACAGGGCACAGCUGAACGAGUCUCGCGGGGGUCGUUCCUGCUUCAGUCUUCUCCUGACUCUGUCUCUCAUCACCUACCUAUCCUCCUCUCUGCUGGUUUACUGCUUCAAGUCCCCGAUGUUUACAGCUCGCUCACACACACAUAAACACACUGAGACAAAGCGGCGAAGUGCAGUAUUAAAGGAGAAGUCCAUUAAGUCCAUCAGCAUGAGUGAAACCAUAACAUCUUACCCUUAACAUGUGCUCAUGUCUGAAGAGGCUCUCUCUCUCUCUCUCUCUCUCUCUCUUUCUCUCUUUCUGGGUCCAUAAAUCUGUUCUCUGAGGAUCUCCAGACGCAGGAUCACCAAAAACGUCCUUGUUUCUUUUCUUAGUUACUCAUAUUGAGUGAGUCAAAUGAAAUCACUCCAGAGUCAUUUGCUCUCUACUGAAAAUCCCAUCAUACAGCACUGUAGGUCAAUCCAUAACCCUCUUACUACCCAGGACCCCCUUUAGAGUUACGUUUAAUUCAUUGCCAAAAUUGUCUGGGAGAGCAGGAGAGAACCUUUGAUUUUCUUAGGUUUAUUGCCGUCACUGUUUGUUCGUCUGAGUCAUUUAAGGAAAUUAGAAAAUGUAUUAUUAUUGGCAGGAUUAUUAGUGGUUCCCGAAAAGCUGAUUUUAUUACAGAGAUGUGUAUAGAAAUAUACACUAUAUAUAUAGGAAAUAUAGAAUCAGGACAGGAGGUUGUAUUAUAUAAAUUAUAUAGUGGCCUGAAUAAGGGCUUCACCAGAGCGACUGUUACUUUUGGUUGUUGAAAAUAAGUAAAUCUUUUCUUCUUUUUUUUCGUUACUCCUUUUCCCACUUUAAUGAUGGGUUAUUCCGAUGUUCCUCGUUAUCUCUUUCACUCCCGCUCUCAAGCCCCUUGUCCCAUGCACAAGGUGAAUCUGCUCACCAUUUAUGAUUAUAUGAGUCUCUAUCUCCAGGCCAAGGGUGUCCAUGAAAGCAGGGUCAACUCAUCAUAAAUAUUGCCUCAUCAAUUACUUGCAAUUUGCUUUAAAGUCCACAGUUGACUCUCUUGCGGAUGUGGAUGACACUAGGCGUAAUCCGAACUCUGCUCCUCUUCUCUCUUCUCUCUUCUGUCUUGUUUUGCCCAGUGAUAAGCAGUGUGGAAUACUGCCACGUCUGUGAUCUCUGCAAGGCUUUAUCUUUCUUAUUAACACACACACACACACAGAGUCAUGCCACCAAACCAGCACACAGAGACAGAUAAGAGAGAAAGAAGGUAAACUCAUCACAGGGCUGGAUGUUUGUUUUACUCAAACAUAGCCUGGCAUCAUCGAUUGAGUCAUGGAGAAUUUAUAGCAGGUAUUUCUCCUUUGGUUGCAGCGUGUUUUCAGUUCCGUCUGCCGUGAGCCGUGUUCCAUUUGAGUGCAAAAGUUUGUGUGCCCUUAAGACAAAAAAAGAAGAUGAUAAAGAAAUUUAAUUUGUACGUAAAAGACACAGAGGCACUGAUUUAAUAAGAUCCCGAACAGCGCAUGUUAAUUUGCACGUGAUAUGGGAAAGAUUGUAUGCAAAACAAGUGGUAGAUGAUUUACAAAUAUUAAUUGCAUGAAGUCAAGGAAGUAACCCGAUGUAAACUCGCUGUUUGUGUGCGCUAUUUGUUUCAAAGAGUGAAGGUGAUACUCAUAUAUAAUACUGAUUAAAGACGAUAAGACACAUUUAAAAAAACUGUCCAAUGUAUAAACAAUAUGAACACAAAAUUCAUACAUGUGGGUGUAUUCUGUCCGUAAGGUGACCAUGAAUUAAAGCAUUUCAGCAGGCUGUGUUUAAAUACUUUUGUGGCUAAUAACUAAAAAGAAGUCACCUUGGUUAAGUCAUCAUUAUAAGAUAAUUGAGAGUUUUGAGAUACUGAUGCAUAAUCUCAUUAUUAAGAAGUAUAAGUUUGUUUUCAAAUGGCCUCUACAAAAAUACCUGCUUUUGGGUUGCAUUAAUUUGCGCACACAAGCACAUUCCUGAAGUGACUCUCAGUCAGCAGUAAAAUUGCUAAUUUAAUCUAUUUGCAUUGACACCACCUUGUAUUUUCUAUUUUUAAGUAGAAACACACCAAACUGCGUUUUCAUUAAAGCAAAUGUGCAAAAUCAGACAUCUAUUUUGAAAGACACAAUCCUCAGUGUUUAUAAUUCGUCUUGCACCUUUGUGCAGGUGCUAUCGAGUUUGCAUGUUUUUUUUUUUUUUUUUAACACACACGAACUUUAAAUUGGGUCCUUAGUGUUUUAGGUUUCACAGAUGUUCCUUCAUCAUUAUCACAAGUACCAAAUAUGGUUAAACAGCUUAUGUUAAGGUACUGAAAGUUAAAAAAGACAACAAAAUAUCAGUCCAUAACUUUGCACCCCCCCCCUUCUAAAUGUGAUCUAAAUAUUAUAAAUAAAUAACUUCUUCAACCUCUUUAAUCUGCAUUCUUCACAUCACUGAAAGUGUCAUAGCAAAACCUUUUUCCCUCCACAAACUAUUUUGCUGUUUAUUUUUGCUUUAUGGUUUAGAUGGCUCCACCCACAUUUCAUUUUCACUUAAUGGGAAUUCUUCUUUUUUUUUUUUUUUUUUUUUUUUUUUUAUUGUAGAUCAAUUGUAAAACAGACACACGUGUUCAACCAUGGGGGGUGCAAACUUUUGCACUCGACCGUAUAUAUAUAUAUAUAUAUGAGAUAAUACAAAGGUUAAUGAGAGCCCAUUUGUGCCAGUGUUUAAUGGCGCAGCAUGUAAUGGUGCCUCGCUUUAUGUUGGCAAUACCAAGGAAACGCCCUGAGACGGCACGGCACGAACGCAAAUGAUUUUAUUACAUUUUUAUUGCCACAAUUAAUCCUGAUGGGUUUCUUUAUAUGACAGAGCACACACAAAUCUUUGCUUCUUUUUCUCUCUUGUCUCCUCUCUCUCACACACACGCGCGCGCACACACGCAAGUGCAGUGUUUUGGCUUGGUACGCUUAGGUCUCUGAAAUAUGGGGCUCACUUAUCAGGGCUGUGGCUGAGUAUCCAAGCUUAGACUAAACACAGGCCUCUCGCACAUGCUCACUCUUACACAUCUACUUUCACACACACAACGAGGAUUUAUGAGGCGCACUCUAACGCUGCUCUCUGCCUGCCUCUGGUCAACUCUGAAUUCAGCGAGAAAACAAGAAUGAGUAACCAGAAACAGAUCAGAGAGUGAAAGUGAAGGAGAGAGGAUAUUCUCUUGUGUGUGUGUGUGUGUGUGUGUGUGUGUGUUGUGUGGUAUGUAGUGAUUCUCAGAGUCGCUAGUGUUUUUGUGUCCUCGCACACACACUUGAUUUCCCUCACUACCCUUCAGUUUAUCACAGGUUUUUCCAGUCGUUACUUUCGUCUAUAUCGUCUAUAUCUGGCUUGGUUUGUUGUGUUUAAUUUGCAUUUUCUUCAUAAGUUACACGUCGCACUUUAAGUUACGGUGCCUUGCAUAUUUGGAAGACUGGCAGAUCAGAAGCACAUCUGCUCGUAUAAUUAUGAUUAAGGUAUUUCUUUACAUUCUGGACAGUUUUUCCCCCCCCCGGUGUCAAGUGCAUCUAGAAAGGGAGGUGAAGACUCAGAUGUUCUCUAGUGUUGUCUUUUAAAGCAAUGCCAUACUCAAUUCUUCAUUUUCUCAUUUCAUUGUGGAAUUUUUCCAUUAUCUAUCAGUGUUGAGUGCACAGUCAGGUCUCUGCUCACGCUGUCUGGGAGUUGACAGUAUCGCAGACGAUCAUUAGAAAUAAACACAAAAACACGCCGUCAGUCAUCUGCUGAUUUUUUUUUUUAAUCUUUCCUAAUACGUGACAUGAGCGCAGCAGUGAAGGUCAGCGCCUGUCUUUGAGAUUCUGAUUUAUUUGCUAUUGCUUUUGUCUGUUCACUCAGCGAUGAGAACACUGCCAGAGAAAUUCUUCCUGGACUCGUUUAACGCUCCCCCUACACAUACACACAUAUCUAUAUUUAUAUAUUAGCUGAUAGAGGGAGAUGAAUAGAGUUGAACUGUGUGUUGUUGUUGGGGUUUUUCUUUUUUUUUUUCCACACAAUGUUGUUUAUGAGGAGGGGAAGACAUCCGUCUGAACAAAAUGGCCACCACGUGCCCUACAUCUUACACGAAAAUACGAGAUAUAAACGUGUCUCAAAUAAUUUCUAAGUGUCAAAUAAAAGCUGUUAACACAGGUUCUGAAAAGCAUUACUGUGUGGUUGAUGAUGUACCGUUGCUAUGUACUCAAUACUCUUCUUAUGUUCUUUUUUUUUUUUUUUCCGCAGCCUGUUCAAAUGUGUGAGAUUGAAAGUGUUGAAUUUUUUUUUUUUCUUUUUUUUUUUUUUUUUAAAUCACUAAUGUGCAAGUGUGUUCAGGGGUGGAAAAGCCUCCCUCCAUGACUGUGCUCCACGUGUGCUCACUGACCCCUAACACCGUUUGAACUACUAAAACUGUGACUCUGGAUUGCAGGUCACCUUUGUUUGAGCGUGAAACACAAUCCAGACGCUUUUCUAUUUCCUGUCGUUGUUUACCGCUCAUGUUUAGAACGACACUCGCGUGUUACGACCCUUUAAGUAGCUCUCCAUUAAAUAGUUUACUUAUUCACUCAUCUCCUAUUGGCAUUAUUUACCUAAACACUCAGUGGACACGUCCGCAUUUUUCAUGGUCACAUCCGUCCGAUUAGUUUACAGGACCAAACCAUGUUAAACAUCUGCUGAAGGAUCAGGAGAGUUUGGCUGUGUGAGACUGAAUGAAUCCGGGUCUACUGUUAAAAUCAACCAAAGCUGAACUGAACGCCUGUUACGUUACUUUACGCUCGAAUCCUGACAGAGUCGUGAAGGUCAAACCAAAGACGUGCAGCCUUGUGUUAGAUCACACACUUUUCUGAAAGUUUUUAUAUCUUUUUUUUUUUUUUUUUAUGCCAGAAUGCACAGAUUGACCACACAUUGUGAAGUACACUGAAUAGGGCUCCGAUCUCAAAUAAUUUCAGUUACAUUUUCAUUGUUAAAUAUGCAUUUCUGCACCUUUUUAAUCCACUAAUUCAACACCGCAAUAUUUAAUUUAGUGGAUGUUUAAAAUUCUGCCUUCAGUUACAGUUUCUACAAAGUCGUACCACGUUUUCCAGCACACUGACGCAGUCCUGGAGGGUGCCUAUCCCCUUUCCACCUUAAUUUAAUACAUUUAAUAAAGGAAAAGAUGUUUUAAAAACAA